AUGUCAUUAAUACCUGCUAUACAUUCAUGGAAUUUAACUAAUUAUGCUCGACGUCUAAAUACGAAUUCUACAUUGAAAAAUGAAUAUUUCUGGUCAUGUCUUGAUGUAAAUCAAACACCAUUAAAAAUGAUGAUAACACCAGCAUUACAAUUAAUGAUAGUAUCAUCCGAUCAAUGUAUUGAAGAAUUAAUUGAUAUUUGGUUAAUGUUCAAUUGUACAUAUAUUCAUGUUCAUUGUAAAAGUGUUCUUUUCUAUUAUACAUGGCCACCAUCAUCUUCAUCAAUAAAUUUAACACGUUCAUUUCGUAUUAAAUUCUCAAAUGAUAAAGAUCUUAAUGAGUGUUUGAAAUUAUUACGUGAUUAUUUUCCAAUAAAUAUAUAUUCACCAAAUAAUUUUACUAGUCGAAUAGAAUCAACACAACCAACAAAAUCUUAUUCAUUAUUUUUUAAUGAAACAAAAGAUACAUUAGCAUUAGAACAAUCAACAACAAUGAAUAUUCGAACAGAUUUUAUUCGACAAUAUUUAUCAACAUGUAUGAUGGAUCCAAUGUUUUUUAUCUAUGUUAAUAGAAAUGAAGAAUUAUUGAAAAAAAUGUUAAUAGAUAAAUAG